CACAGGGGAAAAAGAGGAUCCAAUUCCAUUUGUUUCGGUAAACAUGUAAAAGAAAAAAAAAAAGCCGCUCGCUGGCGAGAGGUUCUUGCCUCUGUUCUUCUUUCUCUCUUCCUUUACUUUUUAUUCUUUUAGUUGCCAAGAGUCAUUUAGCAACACAAUGCGGAUGCAAUCCACCAACGCCCUGUUUCGGCGCGCAACCUUGUCCUCGUCCACACUGUCCAUUGUCCGACGAUCCACCUUGACGGCCACACGCGGCUUCUCUUCAACCUCGACAACCCAACCCAGCGCAACCACGAACUCAUCUGCGUCACUUCCACUUCGCACUCCCACACGAACCCAAUUCCCAACCACCGCUGCCCCCUCUACAUCGCGCACCAUGGCCUCCGCCUGCAGCGCCAGCCCCUCCUCCUCCCCGGGCUAUGAGAAGAUCCCCAACACCUCGAUCCGCAUCCUCCGCACCGUCUCCUCCGUCCGCCGCUUCCGGAAGCCCCUAACCCUCGACUCGCGCUCCGUCGCCCUCGUCCCCACCAUGGGCGCCCUCCACGCCGGCCAUCUCAGCCUCAUCCGGGCCGCCGCGCGAGACAACCACCACGUCAUCGUCUCUAUCUACGUCAACCCGGCGCAAUUCGGCAUUCGCGAAGACUUGGGCAGUUACCCUGUCACCUGGAAAGCGGACUGCGAGGCGCUGGCCAAGUUGGAUCGCGAGCUUGCCGACGAUGGAGAAAAUCUGGGACGCAUCUCGGCGGUUUUUGCGCCGACGACGGGGGAGAUGUACCCUGCCGGGUUUCCCGGACAGGAACCGGAUUCAAAGGGGUCGUUUGUCACCAUCACGCCUGUCGGGGAAGUGCUGGAGGGGGCCAGCAGACCGACGUUUUUCCGGGGCGUGGCGACGGUCUGUAUGAAGCUGUUUAAUGUGUGCCAGCCCGACCGGGUGUAUUUCGGGCAAAAGGAUGUGCAGCAGACUGUGGUCAUCAAGAGGCUGGUGCAGGAUUUCUUGAUGCCGAUUGAACAGGUGGUGAUAGUGCCUACUGCGAGAGACCAAGAAGAUGGGUUGGCGUUGAGCAGUAGGAAUGUGUAUUUGGGCGAGAGAAGACGGAAAGUGGCGAAUGUGCUGUAUAGGGCGCUGAAGGCGGCUGAAGAAGCUUAUGCGGCUGGGGAAGGGAAGAGAGAUAGAGAGGGGGUUUUGGGUGCCGCCCAGAAAGUGAUGGAGGAGACGUUGGCGGAGCAGAUGAAGUUGAGCCCGAGCGAGAGGGUCAAAUUUGAGGUGGAUUAUUUGAGCUUAGCGGAUCCGGACACGAUGCUGGAGUUGGAAGCGGUUGAUACCAAGAAGGGAGGGAUUUUGAGUGGUGCGGUGAGGUUUUUGCCAGUGGAGGAGCCAAAGGAGGGAGAGGAUUUGGGACAUAGUGGGGGGCCGCUGGUGAGGUUGAUCGAUAACAUCAUCUUGCCGCCUAAGUAAGGAUGACGGGGUAGAGGUGAAAUGGAUAUUUGGGUUGUUUGCUAUACUAUAGAGCUGUUG